GGUGGCGGCGGCAGAGUUCUUUAGCGGCAUGGACGACUGCUGCCUGAAGCCACCAAUGCUACGUUCGGUGGUUCGUGAUCGCCUCCCCGACGAGAAGCGGCCAUUUCGACUCGCAGAGCUCACCGCUGUGCUAUCUCACGUGCGAACCCAUGGACUGCUAUUUGAGCGCCACCCGGACAUCACCGAACGUAAGCUUGUUGAGGCUUGGAGGUCCGCCGUCGAUGGUUGGGUCGAACGCGUCCUUUCGCUGGCCUCGAAUAGCGCGCCAGACAAGUGUUGGGCCGGAAUUUGUUUGCUAGGGGUAACAAGCGAAGAAUGCUGCUCUGAUCGUUUCCAAUCAUCAUACACUAUUUGGUUUCAGAAACUUUUUGAAAACUUUCAGUCUCCAUCCGCCACCCAUAUUAUCAAAGUUGCUUGCUGUGCUUCAUUGGCUGAUCUUUUCACGAGGUUGGCCUGCUUUCCAUAUCUUAAAAAAGAUGGAACAUUGCUUGCUAGAAAAGUUAUCAAGCCAGUUAUGCAGAUUUUAAAUGAGGAUGCUGGAGAAACUUUGUGGGAUGUUGCAGCAAAUUUGCUAUGCACGCUUAUGUCUUUCUUUCCAUCAUCCAUUAAUCAGCACUAUGACACUGUUGAAGCUGUUCUUACUUCAAAGAUCAUGGAAGCAAAAUGUGACUUAAAUACAUCCAAGAAAUUUUCCCUUGGCUUAGCAAUACUUCCUAAGGUGAAAGGAGAUGAAGAAAGCUUCUAUUUGGUUAUUCAGAAGAUUCUUAUAGCCAUAAAUUCAAUUCUCACUGAUGCUUUCCAGGGGCUUGAAGAAGAAAAGAAAAGUUCUGAGGUAAUGAGAAUGAUAGUUCCUCCGGGCAAGGAUCCCCCACCCCCGUUGGGAGGUCAAACAUUGCCAGGAGAAGCAUUUGAACCAGCAACCAGAAGACUAAGUGAAUUACUAGUUCCAAGAGUGACUGCUCUAAUGCAUUCUUGCUGUAUUAUGCUCACUAAUCCUUAUCCUUUUCCGGUGUCCAUUCCUGUGCGCCCCUUGCUAGCUACAGUUAGGAGAGUGCUUCAAGUGGAUGGUUCUUUUCAUGGUACUUUGUUUCCUUUGAUCACUUCCAUGCAUCAGGAACUUCUUUGUGCAGAGCUUCCAGCCCUUCAUCUGGGUUGCUUGGAUUUUCUUAUUGCAAUUAUCAAAGGUUUACGAAGCCAACUCUUGCCACAUGGUGCCAAUGUUGUGCGGCUCCUCACUGAAUAUUUCAGGAGUGCUAGGAUGCCUUCAAUAAGAAGAAAAGUAUACUCUAUAAUGCAGAUGCUGAUCUCAAUGGGUGUUGGAAUGGCUCUUUACCUUGCUCAAGAAGUAGUUAAUAAUGUUUUUGUUGACCUUACUGAUAACCUUGAGCUUGGGAGUAGUGCAAUGCUUUCCAAUAUGCAAUCAUCUAUCUUAGUUGGUGAGACAUUUCGACAAAAUUACCACAAGAAGAGGAAACUUGCCUCAGUAAUUCCAGCGGAACAUUCCAAUGGUGUUGAUUUAAGCUUUAAGACUUGCAACAAGAAAUCACAAGCUCCUCUUUCUGUGAAGAUUGCUGCACUAAAAGCAUUGGAAGCUCUUCUUACAAUGGGUGGUUCGUUGAAAUCUGAGUGCUGGCGUCCAGACGUUGAUUUCCUGGUGAUAAUUGUGGCUACGAAUGCUUUUGAUGCAAGCUGGGCGAAUGAAAACAAGCUGUGUUUAUUGACAGAUGAAUCCUCUUUUGCUGAUUACCAGUUAGCAACCUUGGAGGUGCUGCUAGCAUCUCUUCUUUCACCAACUCAUACUCGAUCUCCAUAUUUAUCCCAAGGUCUUGAUCUAUUUCGAAGAGGAAGGCAGGAAACUGGAUCAAAGAUAGCUACCUUCUGUGCACACGCCCUUCUUGCUCUUGAAGUUCUCAUACAUCCUCGUGCUUUGCCACUUGUGGACCAUCCCCCUCCCAAUAAUCUAUCAGUUGGCGAAGGAUUCAACCAGAGUUUUGCAGGCCGUAACUUCAACAAUAAUAUUAAAAUAAACCUUCCUUCUCUCUCAAAAGGUGAUUUAGGACUCCUUGAUGAAGAGGAUGAAGAACUAUCCAGCGGUUGGUUUGAUGAGGAGGGACGAACUUUAUCAGAGAACAGAAAUCUGAAUGAUAAAUACAAUGAAACAACCAAUCAAUUAUUAAAUGUUUCUGAAGAUCUUAUGGAGAAACCGUUGGCUAUUAAUUCAGAAAAUGUUUUAGAGUAUGAAACUACUAUUGUUGAAGAGAAAACAGGAGAGUCUAAGCCCAGAAACGAAAUUAGCUUCCACAAUGCUUCACCCAAUAAGAUGGAUUUUGGCCAAGGAAGUUCAGCAGUGUUUGCUGCAGAUAUGACGCUACAGAAAAGUGAGAGUCUUGUGAACAUAUCUGUAAAUACGAGCAACCAGGGCAGCAAUGCUCCUGGCCUCUCAAAAGGCAAGAUUAAAGAAGAUUCUUCUCCAAGAAGAACACCUAAUUUGGACAAGGGAAAGGAUGCAAUGCUAUCUUAUGAUUCAGACUCUAUUUCCUUGGGUUCAUUGCCAGAUAUUGUGGACGGUGAUCCUGACUCUGAAUAGAAUAUUAUAAAAAUUUUAAGUUAAUGUAGAGCUUAUGGCCAUAAUGGGAAGGUAAGUUUUAAUUCUGUACCUGAAAGGAAUUUUUUUUCUAUUAUAUUUUGCUCUGAUAUCUAUUCAUUUUAAUUCUAUUGAUCAGUAAAACUAGUCACAAUUAGGCUUAUGAUCCACAUAUUGGAACUUUUAGUAUCUACUCAAUGGCUUUCUAUUACGAACGAGUCAUAGAAAAUUCUUGCUCUUUUUAUUUUUUUGUAUUAAAAAUUCUACAAUAUGUGGAUACUGAUCCCAUUCUCACUGUAUUUGAUCUCUUCUCAACCUUUACUUUUCAUUUGAUUCAUUCUUUCACUUUAGUUGCAGGUAAGGUCUCUUCUGAUGAUUCCAACAUUUGUUAGCUUUGCUAACUUUUUGCAUUUCAGCUUGGCUUUGUGCUUUAAUUAUGUUUCUAUUUUGCCCUUUUUGAAUAUUUUUGCCAAUUUGUGGAUAAAGUAAAAUAUCAUCACAACAACAACAAAUUGUUUUUAGAAAGGAACAGAAGUAUGCUCGAGUAGUAGGAGCACGUAUGGGAGAAAAUUUAAUUAGGGGCGAGCGAAAUAAUGAAACGUUUUGAAGCAUUCGCAGAUUGAUUGGUGCAAUCAAAAUGCGUCAAUCAGUUUGGCACAUUCUAGUAAAACCCCAUUUGAUUUGGCGCAUUUUACUCAUCGCCCGUUCUCCACUUCCCUGACCAGAUAUGUAAAUUACAGAUCUUUAAGUUCGAGCCGUGCGUCUUCCUUUGAUUCCAAGGCGUGGAUAGUGGCAUUUGGCCGGGGCCGUGCGGAGCGAGGAAGCGCCUAUAAAAACCCCAUCUACAUACAAUGCAGGCGAAAAUUCAAGAAUAGAAUUGGUUUGCAGGUUUGUAAGAUUUUUUUUUUUUUAAGUGCAGAAAGUUGUUAAUGAUUUCUAAUUAUAUUUGUCAGCUUGUUUUGUAAGAUUAUGCUCUGUAAUUAGAUUCAAAUAGUUGACAUUGUAAUUGUAUAUCUUAAAAGUGUUGAUUGAUUAUUGUUAGUGAUAUUUCUUUUAUUUAA